AUGGACAGACAGGAUCGUCUCAAGCUACUCUUCGAAGAUGACGAGUCUCUGCUAGAGAUUAACACAGGCCUCCAUGGCGUGUCCAUUACUGGCAUCCAGCUGGAAGACAAGACUCCCUUGGCCGUAGUGACGAAUAUCGAGGUGCAGCCGCGAAAGAAGGAACCGGCCGUGGAACCGGAACCGAGCCCUCGAUCGGAGCAUACGACUCAACACGAUGUCGAAGAAUCUACGCACACAGGCGAAUACAAAGAUUCCGACAGCAUCCAGGAAGGAACUGCACCCGCUGAUGAAGUGCCCGUUGACGAAUCUCCCGUUGAUGGAUGGUUCUGCCCUCUUAUGGCAAUUGCCAGAUACCCCUACAAGGCCAUCAAAGGCGAGCUAUCACAGAAGGUUGCCCGCGGGUUCUUUGACAAGGGCCAGUUCUGGAGUCGGUGCUGGGAUGUUUACUAUAUCCAUAUUCCUCCGCAACUCGGCUCCCGGCCUCUUCUGCUGGUACCCGCGACCCAAGUCCGGGAAUUCCUUCAGGAGAUCAACUGCAAGCUCGAGAGCAAGUUCACCAUUCCGAAGGAAAGUGGUAUGGGCAUGCUUCUCGACUUGAAUGGAGAAAUCCCGCACCCUGCUUUCCUCGGUCGGUGUGCUAGCCGUGAAGACAAGGAUAAAUUGGAAGCCACCAUUCCGAUGGGCGACUACUGCCCGCCAUCCAACGACAUGGUUCUGGCGUAUGAGGAGAUGAUUGAGAACGCGGUGGAGGCGUCGAAGAACAAGAGCAGGAGCAGGAGCAAGCAAUCCAAAGCGAAGAAACAACAGUCUCGCAUGCAGAUCGAACGGGGACUGGCCGAUACUCGGAGACGAAUAUCCUGCUAUCUUGGCCUACGGUCCUACCGCGCGCUAGACCUUCCGGAACCGAUCACCGACAGAUCCUGGGAAGAGAAGCAGGACGAACAGGAGAAGCAUGCUCAAAAGAUACUUGAUAGUGUGGAUAUUGCGGGAAUCCCCCGGCCGUGGGAUACGACCCAGCCGGCGCUGCAUCCAUUCUGGAAAGAGCCUAUCUUCAUCAGCAUCGAUGUCGAGUGCAACGAGCGCUGCCAUGAGCAGGUGACCGAAGUGGGAAUCUCGACACUGGAUACUCUUGACCUGGCCGGGGUUUCUCCCGGCGCAAACGCAGUGAACUGGACUUCUAGAAUCCGCUCUCGUCACAUGCGAGUGCGCGAAUAUGGCCAUGUCGUGAAUCACCAGUUUGUCUCGGGAUGUCCAGGUAACUUUGAGUUUGGUGAGAGUGAAUGGGUGCGGAUGGAGGCAUUGGCCAAGACGGUCCAGGCUUGCUUCCAGCCACCAUACUCCUGGGGCAGUGGAGAUAUUGACGGCGUUCGAUUGGGCGACCCUCCUGAGUAUAAGCGCCAACAGCGAAGUCUGGUGCUCGUGGGACACAACACAUCCAUGGAUGUGAGGUAUCUGCAAAACUUGGGGAUUCAGGUCUUCGAGAACAUUGCGACCGGGUUUUUGGAGAGUAUUGAUACCGCUGAGUUGCACCGUCACAUGCGCGGUGAAUCGUCGCAGCGGUCACUGGGAGGGAUGCUGCAGGAGCUGGGAAUCAUCGGAUGGUAUCUUCAUAAUGGGGGGAAUGAUGCGCGGUAUACGCUGGAAGCUCUGGUGAGAAUGGUUGUUCGCGAUGCGGGCCACGACGAGGAUCUGGGACGCUCAGGUUGA